GCCGCAGUGCACUACGUGGUGAACGAGGAUGCCGAACACUUGAAAGAGUUGCUGUUCAGUAUCGAAAGCCUCUGGAUGCACUUCAACGAGCGCUUCGACUACCCAGUCCUCAUUUUCCAUGAUGGUUUGAGCCCCAAGACCCGCGAGAGCAUCGUGGCGAAGACGCCCGGACAGCGCAUUUGGUUCUUCUCGGUGGGGAACUGGGUCCCCAGCGAGGCCCAGCACGCUCUCCACAGCAACUUCGGAGCAGGAUACAUGGCUCAGUCCAGAUUCCGGUCAGGCCCGGUGUUUCACCACGAAGCCCUCGACGGCUUCGACUACCUCUGGUCCCUGGACAGCGACAGCCACUUCCCUGCCCCUGUGGACGUCGACCCCUUCUUGCAGCUGCACUCGAAUCCGGAGCUGGUGAUUGGCUG